AUAUAACUACCAAUAAUUAUUUCCCAAAAUUACAUGCUGAUUAAGACAAAAUUAUAUAAUUACGAAUUUGGCAAUUUUGUGUGAAAUCCAGACUAUAAAUAGUGAGUUUGCAGAUUGAACUGGCAGGUAGUUUUGAGUUCACUACAGUUCAAACAAAUUCAAGAGGAUUUUUCUGCUCUAGCAAAAUGCGUUUUAUGUCGGUAAUAGCUUUCAUUUGCUGCACUUUGGCACUGAUAUUGCAAACAGUGCAUGCUUCGCCAAUGUCUCCAGCUCAAGGUGGUAAUAUGGGUGGCGGUGGCAUGGGAGGCGGUGGUAUGGGUGGUGAGAAUUAUGGGCAAGGCGGCAGCCAAGGACAAGGGCAAGGACAAGGACAAGGACAAGGACAAGGGCAAGGACAGAGCAGCCAAGGCUGAGAUGGAGGUUGUUAGUGAGAUAUUGCAUGCGAGAACAAUUCGAUGUAAUAAAAUUUAAAUAAAGCAUUUAAAAAAGUUUUUAUCGUUAUUUAUUCAUUUAUUUACUUUUUUAAUGAGAAACUGAAAUGCGCGGUGCUUGGUUAUAGUAAGAUUCGUACGAUGAAUUACAACGAAUUUAACCCUUUUUUAGUUUUAGGUUAAGUACAUUCUAUAUAUUCUGGUCAGACCAACAUCAAAAGUUACAGAGAGAAAAUUUCUAAUUAUUAUUGUCCCUCGGUAGAGAAUGUCAAGCUCUCGGAGUGUAUUUCUGACAUGAAAAAAAGCUCUACCUAAAAAUCCAGCAGUUGUUUGGUAGUUGGAAAAGGCAAAAAGGCGGCCAAAGAAGGAGAUAUUUAGAAGCCAAAGGUAGAUAGUAUUCGUAAUCUUGUGUGCGGUUUUCUUACAGGAAGAACUUUGUCGAACACGAACGCAAUCUACUCAUGGAACGUAACUUUCUUAUUCUUCGCACUUGAACCAUUGUUCCGAACACUGGUCAUUUACAGGCGUAUCGAGUUAACUUUAGCUUAUUAUUCACUCCUUGGCAAGACCAAUUCAGAAUUGGAUUUCACGGCUAACCUUGUUAAUGGCGUUAAUGCUGGUUCUAAGAUAGACAAAAUGAUCAACGACUUCAAAGUUUUGACGGGGUUCGAUGGAGUGUAGUCAAGUUUCUGGAUACCCUGUUACAGUCGCGUAACUACACUAAAUUUCCGCACUUGCAUCCACGUCGCGCCCCCUAGAAACGUGAGCCAAAUGGGGUAACCAACCCGAGCG